AUGAACAGCGGGCCGAGGCAAACUCACGCGCAAGUUAUAACGAAUUCUGGCCACGAUGACAUGAUCCAUGAUGCAGCUCUAGACUAUUACGGUCGCAGACUAGCAACAUGUUCGUCAGACAAAACAAUUAAGAUCUUCGAAGUGGAAGGCGACUCCCACAGGCUGCUCGAGACAUUGAAAGGCCACGAGGGAGCAGUAUGGUGUAUUGCAUGGGCACAUCCCAAAUUCGGAACAAUCCUAGCCUCCUCCUCCUACGACGGCAAAGUCCUCAUAUGGCGCGAGCAAGCUCCUAGCACCGCCUCCGCCUCCACCGCCAGCACCUGGACAAAAGUUUUUGAUUUCUCCCUGCACACUGCCUCCGUCAACGGCAUCUCCUGGGCUCCGCACGAGAGUGGCUGCCUGCUCGCCUGUGCCUCCUCCGACGGCAACGUCAGCGUACUUGAAUUCAGCGACAAUAGCUGGACGCACCAACUGUUCCACGCGCAUGGCAUGGGUGUCAAUUCCGUCAGCUGGGCGCCUUCUGCCGCUCCUGGUUCCAUCAUCAGCACGACCCCAAGCCCCGGACAGCUACGCAGGUUUGUAACGGGCGGGAGUGAUAACCUUGCUAAGAUAUGGGAGUAUAACGCCGAAAACAAGACCUACACAGUAACCAAGGUGCUGGAAGGCCACACAGACUGGGUACGUGACGUGGCCUGGUCACCAAGCAUCCUCUCCAAAUCCUACAUCGCCUCAGCUUCCCAAGACAAAACCGUCCGCAUCUGGACGUCCGACCCGUCAAACCCCAAUGAGUGGACCAGCCAGCAUCUCGAGUUUGACUGUGUGUUAUGGCGUGUCAGCUGGAGUCUGAGCGGGAACGUCCUGGCUAUCAGUGGUGGAGAUAAUAAAGUCAGUUUGUGGAAGGAGAAUCUGAAGGGGCAGUGGGAGAAGGUGAAGGAUAUUGAGGACUGAUUUUAGUUAUAACAAGGGGCUCUGUUUUGGUCGUUUCUCUUUCCCCUCUAAUAUGGCUGGGCGUACGUCUUAUGUUCAUAUAUUUAUUUCCUAUUGCGGUUUUCGUCCAUGCGCGAACAAAGAUUUGCUUGCUACCCGUUUCUUCUCAAGCAGAGGCAUUGUUAAAAAUCAAAAAUUCAUGUCAUAUGUCUGCGAGUUACAUACCUUGGCGGAAAGGGAGAGAUCAACCAUACGUUUACUUGAAAAUCGCUUUAUAUUCCAAGGAAGAACAAUUGAUACGGAUCGCCAUUUACCAUA